AUGGUGCACCAUUCUUUGAACUUCAUUGGGUACACUGGAAACUACCUCCUAGGACUUAUACCCGGACUAUUUUUCGCAACAACAAUUGAAAUUUUUACUAAGUACGUCCAAGUUCAGAAUAAGGUCUAUCCACCCCUUCUGGCAAGCAUAAUUGGAAACUGUGUUAAUGCAGGUGCUCACUACCUCUUCAAUUUCUACAGCGACUCUGGAUUUGUUGGUUCAGCGAUCUCGCAAUCACUGGGAUUUAUGGCACAAGCGUCAGUUGUCGUUGCCUACAUCCUAAUCUCGCGCAUUUACCGAAAUACUUGGGAUGGUGAGUUUUUGGUAAUCAAAGAUGAGGACCUUAGAAAAGAUGAAUUAGUGUUCCGACGUAUCUGCAAGAUUAACUCGACCGAUUCAAAACCCCAUGAUGUUAACAAAGCGAUAAUUGACACUUCUCAUAGAGCUGUAUGCUCGGGAAUCAUUCGCGGAGUCGGAAUGCAACGAACUGGUGCCAUUGUCUCCAUGGUAUGCAUGUACAUUAUUGGGGGACCAAUGGGCCUCUGUCUUCUGAUGUUGACCAACCUUGGCGUGUCCGGUGAGUUUAUUAGGCCACAUGGACGUGCAUUCCGCCUCAUUUCUAUCAUCGAAACCUUAGUCAACGAUUGA